CUUUCGACCUCUUGCGAUCUUUGAAACCUUCAGACGCUUGACUCCCACAAUCUCUUCUUUGAGAUCUCGAAAUAUAAGUACUCAAGUACCCCAGUAUGUCGCAUAAUAAAUCCUCUCGUCUUGGAUCGUUCCAAAUCCUGGAGAUCCCGCAGAACGUGCGGCGAAAGACUCGAAUGAUAGGUGCCGUGGUACCAUCUGAGUCUUGCACAAACCCUUUCGACAGCUAGGCGCCUUACUGGGACAAUCCUCGAUGGAGCAAAACAGAAGAAGACAAGAAAGCCCUGAAAGAACUCCAAGGCGCCAUCGAUUUUUUCUGGAAACCCAACACAAAGAAAGGUGGAGAGGGAGUCAAGUUGGAAGAUGUCAUCGCUACACGAGGCGAGUCCGCAGACAGUGCAUGGAAAGUGCAGCUCACGGAGGCUCUUCAAGGAUAUGCAAACAAAGCGGUGAACGAAGAUGUCUGGAUUGAGGCAGGAGAAGUCGAGAUAUAUACUAUGGAUAAUGCAGAUGGAGCUAUCCGCACACGCCUGGGUACUUGCAAACCCUGGAAAGACGAGCUACAAGAGCUCUAUCAGAACGACAAGCGCUUGGAACCCACCUAUUACAUCAUCACGGGUGUUUACACUUGUAAAAACAUGAGAGUUGGCUGGGCCAAACAAAAGAUGAAUGGUGGAGGAGUUGCGGUCGGCGUGCCAGGACAGGCUAUUGCAGCAGCGGCUGGUGCUCCCAUUCCAAACAGCGCAGCUAAGCUGCUGGACAUGACUGCGAAAUAUGACAAUGUCAAACAGACUGACACCGAAAUCUCUGCUCGUAUACCUCAAGAGAUUAUCUUUGCUUUCCGAUAUCACAUCCUCGAGCUCGCAUUCGAGGAACAGCCCGCGCAGAAGCAACCUAACAUACUGACCAAAGCCUAUCAUAAAUUCAUAGGAAGGUCUGGAUCGACUCGUGUGUCUGCUCACAAGAUUAUCAAAUCGGUGUCGCUAGGACCGCCCGUUCGAGGUCCAGGGGCUAUUACUGCCUAUGGGAGCGAUGAGGACUAGGAGGAUGCGCUGUAUUGGGAGGAGCCUAAUUAUAUUCUGGCUGACCUCAGUAAGAAAGGAAUUCAAAAGGUAUAGAGAAUUUGUGACGAAGGCUAGGGAGGGGUGUUGACAGUUGCUGUAAUGGUACUCAUUCGCAUUGCGAAAUAUUUU